AUGAGACAAAAACUAUUCAAAUUCCUUUCCUUGUUUCCUCGUCCCUCCUCAAUACAUCUUCAUCCUUCAGGCCUUGUGUGCGAUGCAAACGAGGAUUCUUGCCUUGUGUGGCAGUUCAAUUUCAGGGACUUCAACAAGGAGACUGAUCUUCUCAAUCCGGACUCUAUUGCGUUACUGGAGCGGCAGGGAAUUGACUUCCAAAAAAAUCGAGAAAUGGGUAUAAAUUCUGUGGAUUUUGUGAGGCUAAUCAUAAAUUCUGGUCUCUUAAGAAAUCCGACCAUCACUUGGGCAACUUUCCACGGAGCUUAUGAUUUUGGAUACUUGAUCAAAAUCUUGAUCGGGCGAGAACUGCCGUUUGAUCUGAUGAAGUUUAUGGGUCUGGUGGUACAUUUUUUUGGGUACAGGGUAUUUGAUAUUAAAAAUAUGAUCAGAAUGUGUGAUGGACUGUAUGGAGGGUUGGAGAAGGUAGCCAAGGCUUUAGGGGUGGAUCAGGUUGCUGGGUCGUGUCACCAAGCUGGGUCUGACAGUCUGUUAACGUUGCAGACCAUAAUGAAACUGAAAAAUGUACAUUUCUUUGGAAAAUUUUUGAUUGAGUUUCAGUUGGUUCUUUACGGCUUGGAAGUUGACAGAACUAGACUCUUGACUGCACCAAAGUUUCCUAAGAUUAUUUACGUUAUGCAUCCUGGAAAUUGUUGUCUAAGCAUUCCUUACUCCCUGCAACCCAUAAACUGUGGUCCAAGACUGUUUAAAGGGAGUUAUGGAUACUAUGUAUAA